AUGUCUACCUCCGUUUCCGCCGCCGCCGUUGCCGCUGCCGCUGCCGCCCUCGUCCCACGCCUCACCGGCCGCCGAUCGCCGCCGGCAUCUCGCGUACCAGAGAUCUGCCGCAGAAGAAUCAGAUCCAAACCCCGUAUCUUUUCUUCCUCCCCCUCUUUCCCCAUUGUCCCCGCCGCUGCCAUGGCCACCGACGGCGCCGCCUCCGAUGCUGGGUCCAAGAAGAAGCUGCUCAUCUUCGACUCCGAGGAGGAUCUCGCGGUUUCGUUGGCAAAGUACACUGCGGAUCUGUCGGAGAAGUUCGCGGCCGAGAGGGGCGCCUUCACCGCCGUGCUCUCUGGCGGAUCCCUCAUCGAGGCGCUCAGGAAGCUGACGGAGCCGCCGUACCUGGAUUCAGUGGACUGGAGCAAGUGGCACGUCUUCUGGGUGGAUGAGAGGGUCGUUCGCAAGGACCAUGUGGAUAGCAACUACAAGCUCGCCUUUGAUGGGUUUCUCUCCAAGGUGCCGAUUCCUCCUGGACAAGUUUAUGCUAUAAAUGAUGCCUUGUCAGCUGAGGGAGCAGCAGAUGACUAUGAAGCGUGCUUGAAGCAGCUUGUUAAGAACGGUGUGAUUUCCAUGUCAGCAGCGACUGGAUUUCCCAGGUUUGAUCUCCAGCUUCUGGGAAUGGGACCUGAUGGCCACAUUGCAUCUCUCUUCCCUGGUCACCCUCUUGUUAAUGAGAAAGAGAGGUGGGUCACAUACAUUAAGGAUUCUCCAAAACCACCACCCGAGAGAAUCACAUUUACAUUUCCAGUAAUCAACUCAUCUGCAUAUGUUGCAAUGGUGGUAACUGGAGCUGGAAAGGCUGCAGCGGUGCAGAAAGCACUUUCAGACAAGCAAACCUCAUCGGAUCUGCUGCCUGUUGAGAUGGCUGUACUGCAAGAUGGAGAAUUCACUUGGUUCACUGACAAGGCAGCAGUGUCCAUGCUGCAGAACAAGUGA